AUACAUCUCAAUCUCAAAUCUCAUCAUCUCAGAUUCUUUUUUCACCCUACACUAAUUAUACCAAUAUACUUAUUAGCUUGUAUUAAUCUUUAAUUCUAGGCCAAUACUUUAGAUAGAGAGUGAUAAGAUACAUAUAGAAUACAGAGAGAUAUGAAAAGACAACGAGAGCAUCAAGUAAUAGAUAGUAAUAGCAUUGACUUGGCACAAUGUCUAAUGCUACUUUCUCAUCAAAACCCUAAAGAUCAAAGCAAAGUCCACCAUUAUUAUCGUCACCAGAAACAUUUUCGCCCAACGGAAUUUGAGUGUAGCACAUGCAACCGCAAAUUCUCUUCAUUUCAAGCCCUUGGUGGUCACAAAGCUAGCCACAAGAAACAAAAGAUGGAGAAGAAUAACAAAGAAGAAGCCACAACUACUCUCAGCUUAGGAGUAGGGAACAAUAAUAAUGUUUUUAUUAACAAACCCAAUAAUAAAAUGCAUGAGUGUUCAAUUUGUGGUCAAAGAUUCUCUCAAGGGCAAGCACUUGGAGGGCACAUGAGAAAGCAUAGACUACUUACCAAUCAAGAAACGUUUCUAAUUCCUUCUACAAACGACGUCGUCCUGGGAAAAAUCCCACCAGUUCUAAAGAGAUCUAAUAGCUUCAGGGUUAUGUGUUUGGAUUUGAACCUAACACCUCUGCAGAAUGAUUUAAAGGUAUUGUUUGGAAACAUGGCACCAAAAGUUGAUCCUAGCUGGGUUUGACUCUUAAUUUAUUUCUUGUAAUUAACUUUGUCAUAUAGUUUCUUUAUGGAAUUUGUAUUUAAUUAGAAAUAGUCUUCAUUAUAUUAUUCUUUUUUAUAUUGAUCUCAAAAUAAGGUAGUCAUUUUUAACAGUAUGUAUUCUUUCAAUUCUUUAGUGUCAACUUUGUAAUUUUAUUUUAAUUAUUUUUGUAUCCAUUUAUAUUGACUUGAAAU